AUGUCUUCAAUUCGUUUUGCUCGCGCUUUUUCUUCACGUGCUAAUGCAGUAAAGUUCAUUGCUAAUGCAACACGUCCAAAAACUGUUUCGAGCACAAUUCCUUUUCGUACCCUUGCUAUUCCAAGUUUAAACCGUUCUUAUAGUACUCAACAAACACAACAACAAGAACAGCCCGAACAAAAAAGUAGUAGCGGUAGUGGUAGGGCGCUAUUCUUGUUAGGAGCUGGUCUUAUAGGAGCGGGAGCUGGAUAUUAUUUUUAUAGCGCCGCAAAUUCUUCAGAAGUUUCUCCUACCAUAGCGAACGAAACCCUUGAUUAUCAAAAAAUUUAUAAUCAAAUAGCUGAUAUUCUAGAAGAUAAUGAUUGGGAUGAUGGUUCCAACGGACCAAUUUUUCUUCGCCUUGCAUGGCAUGCAGCUGGCACUUAUGAUAAAGAAUCCAAAACUGGCGGUAGUAAUGGUGCUACUAUGAGAUUUGCUCCUGAAUCCGAUCAUGGUGCUAAUGCCGGACUUAAGCAUGCUAGAGAUAAAUUAGAAUCUGUUAAACAAAAGAAUCCCGCUAUUUCUUAUUCUGAUCUAUGGAGUUUAGCUGGUGUUGUUGCUAAUCAAGAAAUGGGAGGUCCGACAAUUCCAUGGAUUCCUGGACGUAAGGAUGCUGAUGUCGCAACAGCGUGUUCUCCCGAUGGCCGUCUUCCUGAUGCUUCUCAAGGUCCAUCUCACGUACGAGAUAUUUUCUAUCGAAUGGGAUUCGAUGAUCGUGAGAUUGUUGCGCUUGUUGGAGCUCAUGCCCUAGGUCGUUGUCAUACCGAUCGUAGUGGUUACCAUGGUCCUUGGACUUUUAGUCCUACCACAUUUACAAAUAGUUUCUUUAAGGAACUUUUGGAUAGAAAAUGGGUUGAUAAAAAAUGGAAAGGACCAAAACAAUUUGUUGACAAAGAGUCUGGUGACCUUAUGAUGCUUCCUGCUGACAUGGCUUUACUUCAGGACAAAAAUUUUAAGGUUUGGGUUGAGAAAUAUGCUAAAGAUGAAGAAUUAUUUUGCAAAGAUUUUGCUGCUGCAUUUCAUAAACUUGAAGAAUUGGGUGUACCAAGAUCUGGAAAUGAAAAGAACUUGUACAGCAAGCAGCAGAUAUAUUAUAAUGAAUUGCAUAAACUUUCUGAUAGUCUGAACGAAGAUUCCGUCAUCACCGUUCAGUUACCAAAGCUAGGACCCAACAAACUUCAAGAGCGUUUUCAUCUGAAUCAAAAAGUACCUGUAAUUAGUAGGAAUUGUCAGCAGGAAACUUGGAAUGAUAUAAAUGAAGCUCUCGAUGAACAAAACGCGUCAAGAGGACUCUAUAUACAUGGACCUUCUGGUUUAGGAAAGUCAUACACCUUGUAUUAUAUUGUUUCGCAACUCCGUCUGCAACCUGAAGUGUGUAGGGUGACAUAUAUCAAUAGUUGUGAUUUGUGGUGGAACACAUAUCAGGAAGAUCCAUACGAAUAUUUAUUGAACGAGUUGAUAUGUACUUUCAACAUGGAUAAGUUACCAACAAAGACCAUAGUUGAAUGGGCGAAUUUUGUAAUGCAAGCUUGUGGUUCCGAAUUUAGGAGUACGGAAUUUAUCAGAGGGGAUCGCUUUUUAAUAUUUCUUAAUGAAUUAAAAAAGUUUGUCUCAGAGAAAAAUAGUCUUCCUUCAUUUCUAAAUAAUAAUGGACUCAUUAUUGUUUCAGCAUCUACUAAUAAUGAGGUGUUUCCAAAAGAAUUUAAACCAUGGAAGCAGAUAAAUUUAUUUGGUGGUUAUGAUAAUAAUGAAUUCAAUGAAUGGUGCAAAUUAUAUAACUAUGACAUUGAUGGGGAUCUAGAAACCAAGUCUCAAUUGGAAUUAGAUAUAUGGCAUCAGACACCAGGCAAUAACCUGUUAGAGAAGCCCCAAAAAUAUUUGGCAAAUCGAAAAGCAAGUAUUGGGUUAAGUCAUCAAUCUUAUAUAGAAAGUUUAUCAAUUGGAAGGAAGGAAAAUCUUUCUAAAUGUGUUACUUCUAUGAUUCUUCAAACUGUUCCUCCUGAAAUGGAUUAUGGAAUGGAUCGACAAUUGAUGCAUAAAGAUACUAUUUUGGUUUGGAGGGUCAAAAUAAGGAUAAGGAGAGAAAUAAUUAGUGGCAUUCAAGUGGUUGCAUCAACAGUUCUCCGAAGUACAGCAUACACCAAUGAUGCCAAACGAAGGAUUGCAGAAUUAUACAUUAUAACAGGAAUGGAAAUGAUGAAAAUUUUUGAAUUUAAGUGUCGAAAAUUUUCAAGAAAUAAGCCCGUUCAAAUUGAAGAAAGAAUUGAAUUUGACAAUGUUAUCAGAUUUACUAAUAAUGAUGUUCCUGUCCACAUAAAUUUCAACACAAAUCAAAAAACUUUCUUUAUUCCAGUAUCUCCAAAUUAUCCUUGUGUAGAUUGUCUUAUCUGGAAUCCUCAGAAUAAGAAGUUGUUUGCAUUUCAAAUCACUGUUAGCGAGCUUGUGAAACAUGAUAAUAGCGUAAAAAAUUUUUUGACAAAAGGGGUUAACACUUUAAGAAACAAAUGGGCAACAUUGUGUAAUAUAAAUGAAUCUGAUGUUUAUUUUAUCUGGAUUGUUCCUGAUGAUGUUAUUGAUGAAUAUAUUACAAAAAAAUAUUAUAAGAGAUACUCAUCAAUUAUAUGUAACAUUUUCAAGUAUCAAAGAUCAAUUUUCAGCUUUAGCUAG